CAAACUCACAUACACACACACACUCAUACAGACAUACUCAUAACACAGAAGCUGAAGCACACGUAAAUUAGAUUUUGUUUUAAACAAAUAAAAGCUACGAAAGAAAACAAGUGAUUUUUAAAGCGGCAAUUGUAAAUAAGUGACGAAAGAAAAUUAAAGCAGCAUUACAAUGUGCUAGCAACGAAGUGCGUGUGUUUGUGCAGUUUGGCAAGGCUUGGUUUUGGCCUGCCUUUUCGGCCCAAAACAAGAAAUUCGCAAAAACAGUCACAACGAAGCUGCAAUGCGCUGCACUUGAGUGAGAGAGAGAGAAGGAAAGAUUGAGGUAUUUUGCAAAACGGUGCUAAUUAUCAAGCAAAAACUUCCCUACUAAAACUCACAUUGUUCUAACCGCAUUUAAUCAUCAAACCAAAAUAAAAAUACGACAAAUGGAAAUGCAAAUGCCAUAAGGCAAACAAAAAUUCAUUGAUAUAAAGACCGCGUGCUUGUCGCGUAGCGCCCAGCCGACGAAGGCAGCAGCAUCAAAUACCAGGGACAGGCAUGCAAAACAACGCUGUCGACUGUCGAUAAAUUAUCGACUGUCUGCGUUAUCGCGCAAGGACCGCUCGGUGAAAACUUUUGCAAGUGGGUGGAUGUGGUUGUAUGGAUGGUGUGAAAAAAGUGCGUGCGAAAUUUGUUUAUACUCGAAAUUAAAUGUCAGCAGUUGUAAUUAGAUAACUUUUCGUGAAGUGUGAUAAUCGCACACUUUCGCUGUUAGCGCUGUAAACAAAUGGGCGACAGGACAUAACAGUCGAUGCCGUAUGGCCCAACUAUAUAGACAGUGCUGGUUAAUUCCCCCUCUGAUUGCGAUAUCAAGUGUUGAAGUCUGAUCCUUGUUGACACAAUUGUUCUGCCGGUAAACACGCCUUAUUCUCCUUUUAAAUUCUACUCCUGCUCCUGCUCCGGCGUCUUUGACUUCGACUUGGUCGUCUGUGUGUCACAUUUUCUGGUUACUAGAUGAUUCAUAUGUAGCCGCAGCUCAGUUAGUUCAACUCUAGCCUAGUAAAUCAUGUCCAACAACAAUCAUCCGCACGGACAUUUAAGUCAGGCGGCACAGAAUCCCUCAUGGAAUCCCCUGCAAAUACCAUCGUAUAUACCGCGACAGCCGCAAUUGGCGCACAUGUCCAAUGAACGGCCCAUGGUCCGAUCCCCGUUGGCCUGGCAUGCAUCCGCCCAGCCGCCGCCGCAUCCGCCUCCAGAUGCCAUUUACAAUUUUAUGUCGGCCAAUCAUAAAAACCUGGAUCAUCAUCAUCAAAUGAAUCCUUUGCUGGCGCCGCCAUAUACGGGAACAUUGCCUUUUGACUCCAUGGACUUGUCGCUGCAGUCGAGUCGCAGCGCUGCGCCGACGCUUAAAUCUGGCCAACAACAACAGCAACAACAGCAGCAACAACAACAACAACAAUCUCAUCUGCUUGCACCUCCCAACUACCCAACGAUUCACAAUCUGACAACAAGUUCGCCCGCAGGAUCGCAGCACAGUGCACAGCAAGGACAUCUGGGCGUAGGACAUUCCUCGUCGCCUUCGGCAGUAAGUGUGGCAAGCAAAUAUUUGAAUGCCAAUGGCGCUGUUGCAGCGGAUUGCGAGUCGUUGUUGCCACCGCCACCAAGUACCCCGCCCAACAAUAACAACAACAGUAGUCACAACAACAACAGUAACAGUAGCAGCAGCGGUGGCAACAGCAACAACAACAGCAGCAGCAGUGGCAACAACAGCAACAACAAUGUGCCACCGCCACAUUAUAUGCAGAAUCGGGAUGAGAACUUUAAGCUGACGCAGCUGAAGAGCAUGCAGAAGAGCUCAGAGCUGAGUGGCAAGGAUUGCAGCUAUGGGAGUGGCGCCACAGGCAAACUGGCAACGCACAACAUGCAACAGCAACAACAUGCGGCAAAAAAGCCCUCGCCACUGCGCAACUAUCAGCAACAUCAGCAUCAGCAAGCUUACAACAUGACGCCGCCGCCUGCGAGCAUGAAAUACAAUGGGCCACAGACGCCGCCAACGCCGCAGUCGCCGUUGGAUUACAAUCAGUUGCAUCUGCAUCAUCAGUUGCAUGCGAGUGUUGCUGGCUAUGCACCACAGCAAUCACAACAACAGCAGCAGCAGCAACAACAACACAUGCAAUCGGAGCAACAACAUUUACACUAUCAUAAUCAGCAUUUAGCACCACCAGCAGCACCACCACCACCACCACAGUUUCAACAGCAGCAACAACAACAGCAGCCGCUGCAACCGUUGACUUCACCACAACUGCAUUCCCGCAACACGCAACUGACGAAUCUCGACAUGUCCAAGCACAAGCAAGCAGAGGAUGAUUCGCAGGAUGAAGCACAAACCAUCAUUACAGAUCUAUCCACAACGGCAACAUAUCGUAGCAACAAUGCGGAUGAUAAGCAGCAAAUGGUUGAGGCACCUGAGUCCCCGUACAUGACCACAUCCAACGAGGAGUCACUGGAGUCCAAUAGCAACAGCAGCAAUAGUCGCAAGCGACGUAAACGCAAAUCCAGUCAAGUGAUGCGUCUAACGCCCAGUGAGAAUUUGAAUUCCAAUUUGAAGAGGCAACGCACGCCAAGUCCGCACAGCAACAGCAAUCACAACAGUUGCAGUCCCAAGCAAUCUCCCAAGAACGGAGUUGAGUUCCAGCCAUUUGGUCUAAAGGAACAGAAGCCACAUGAACUGCCGCUCGAGAAUGGACGUGCUGCAACGCCUCCAGUCGCUGCUGCAACUGAGAAUAGCAAUAGCUCCUCGCUGUACAACGAUACGGACAAUCCCAAGACGAAGAAGCAGCGACAGGCGUUGCUGCAACGCAACCUCACAGAGCAACAGCAGCUGCAACGACGCCAGCAGGAUGAGGAGCCCUCUCAAGAGACUCCGCUUGUUGCUGUUCCCACAAAGGAGACAACCAUUGAGAGCAAAUUGCCACCGCCAAGUCCGCAGAGCAAUAGCAGCAGCAGCAGCUCGAGCAGUUCCAGCGCCGGCACACACAGCAGCCACAGCAGUCAGGCGAGUCGGGAGGCGACACAGCGUAAGGAGCAGGAGCGGCUGCAAGAUCAGGAACCGCAGCUGGACAAUAAUAACAAGGCCAUUACAGAUACGCCCGCCUCACCAGCGCUUGUGGAGCAGGGCGACAUCGAUGCACGGCCAGCGGUGAGUGUGCACGAUGAUGAGGAUGAAGUGCAAUCGCCAGCUGAGAAGCAGUCGCCACCACAAGCAGGAGCAACUGCAAUUGCCACUGCAACGGCAACCACUGAACCCUGCCACUUCAACGAGGUGGAGCACAAGCUGGAGCAAAUGUUUGCUGGAAUUGAGGAUGAACCACAAAGCAGAGCAACUGCAACUGCAACUGCAGCGGAGCAUGACUUAAGCGCGCAAUUAGCACAGACCAAAGCGGCAGUGGAGGAGAAGCCUGCUCUAGCCACGCCCACACCGACGCCCACGCCCGAGCUGCGACCCAUGGCCACCAAGGCGGCCAUGAAGUCAACGCUGCCCAGUCCUAUACACAGUCCAGCGGCAAUAGCGGAAAUCAAGGAGAUCAAAGAAGACACGCCGUCAUCAUCACCUGCCAAAGUGUUGCCACGUCCGACGCCCACGCGUUGCAUGCCACAGCGCCGACUGUCCAUGGGCAUGGAUCCCUCCUUGCUGCGUUUUACCAUCGAGGAGCAAGUGAAGCCCAAAAAAACGGCGGCAAAAAAGAAGCAACUGCCACAAGUCGAAGCUGAAAUCGAGACCGUGCAACUGGACAGCGAUGAUGAGAAGCCGAGCACAUCGGCAGCAGCUGCAGCGGCACUUGCAGCACGCCAGCUGAGUGAGGCAGCUGCCGCCAAGACGACCACGCCCAAAGCCAACAACAACAACAGCAAGAAAAAGAAGAAGACAACGGCAGCCAAGGGCAAAAAGGCGACGGGGAAGAAUGCAACUAAACAGAAUGGCAAGAAGGGAGCAACUGCUCGGAAACCCUUCAGCACGGAUGAGGAUAGCACGCCGGCGCCGAAUCGGGAGAGCAGCAAUGGUGGUGGCUCCACAGCAACAGAUCUCAGGUUCAAGUCACCCUUUAUACUGAUCAAACCCGAUGGAAGUAUCAGCAUUAAGAACACCCACAAUGCGGAGGAUGUCAAUGAGAAGCAGACGAAGAAGAAGCAAACGAAAGCGCCGCACGAGCGCAAGAAUUUGCGAGGGAUGCACAGUUCCACGUUGAGCAAUCGCUAUGAUGCGGAUACCACAGAUUCCAGCUGGAUUUGUGUGUUUUGUAAGCGUGGUCCGCACAAGCUUGGACUGGGUGAUCUCUUUGGUCCCUACCUCGUCUCCAUUGACUGUGAAGAGUAUCGAGCUGCAUUGCAGGUGCCAGCUGCUCAGGAUAUCGAUGGACUAUUUGUAAGCAAGCGAAAGCGCUGCGACAUGGUCAAGAUGCAGGAUCGAAAUCUGCCCGUGAUUCCCGCCACGCUGGCCAACAUUAUGCAGGCGCCCAAGAUCACCAUGCACAAGCGUAAACGCAAGCAAACCCACGAGAGCGCCUACUCCUUCAGCGAUGAUCAGAAUGAAUCUCAGUGCUCCUCGCAGGAUCCUCUCGAUUGCAGCCACGAGUCGAAAUUCAUUGAGACGUUUCGCGGCAUGUCAAAGACCUCCGAGCAUGGCUAUGAGAUUUGGCUGCACGAGGAUUGCGCUGUGUGGGCCAAUGACAUCCAAUUGAUUGGCGCCCAUGUCAAUGGUUUGGAUGCCGCAGUCUGGGACAGCACACGCUAUCAAUGUGUGCAUUGUGCUCAACCCGGAGCGAAUAUCUGUUGCUUUCACCGUGCCUGCAAAGCAGCUGCUCAUGUUCCCUGUGCCCGUGCCACCAGCUGGAGUCUCUGCGAGGAGGAUCGCAAGGUGUAUUGUGAGCUGCACACGCCGGAAAGGGAGGCAACGGAAGCGGAAGAGUUGCCAGUGUUGUCACAGAUGGAACCAGUUGUGGUUGUGCCACCGCCAACAUUUAAUGUCAAUUCGCUUCCCUGAGUACGCGUGCGCGUGCAGAAAUGUCGUCUGGUCGUCAAGCGCUGAGCGCACGUUGAAUCCCAAAGGGGAAUGCGCGAUGAGUCCUCAUCCAGAAUUCCUUUCCAGGUGUUCACAGUUUCUCUGUAAAUAUUUAUGAUAAAUGCAGGUGCACUAAACAAGACUUAUUGCCGACUGCAAAAGAUUAGGUCAUAUCCCAAUCCUGAUCCGGAUCCAGAUCCCUAUUUAAUCUUAUGUAAAAAUUGCUGUACAUUUUGUGUAGGUUGCGAUGCAAGUUGGCGUCAGUUUUACAGUUUAAUUGUUUAUAAAUAAUAUUAUUUAAAUUAUUAUUACAAUUAUAUAUAAAUAUAUAUUUAGAUAUUCAAUAAUUAGUAACUACCUUAAUGUACCUUUUUAGUUGUACUUAUUAUUAAACAUUUGCCUGGUUUACUGUCGCAUCCAAUUGCUGCUUGCAUCACAGAUUUCAUUAUUUAAUGCAUUAAUUAUUAUAUAUUUUGUGUAUUGACUCUUUUCAUGCAUAUGCCAAUUGAUAAUUUAGUUGAAUUUUGUAUGUAUAAACAAAUACUCCAUGCCAUAACGUUUAAUUACAUAAAUAAAAAUAAUGAUAAAGAUCAUGAUAAUGAUAUAUGCAUUGUGCACAGCAUUAAUUAAUUUAAGCAUGUAACCGUAAAUAGAAAAUGUUUGACAGCAAUUAUAAAAAGCAAAACAAAAAAUAAAAUUUGAAAACAAACAUUCGAAAACUAUUCAAAAUGGAUUAUUGUAAAACAAUAUAUAUAUAUAUAUGAUUAUAAAUAAUAUGAAGAAAUAUAUUAAUAUAUUUAUAAUAAAAAUAAUGAUAAUUACGCUAGCUACUUGUAAAAGAUAAAACAUUGUAUUGUAUUUGUAUUCAAUAUCAUUAUAAGGUCAGAUUCGAAACACAUAAACAUUAAAUAAUAAAUCUUAAUCUCACAAUGAAAAACCAAAGAAUCGUUUUCAAAA